GAAACAAAUGCAAAUAGACUGGGACACUCGUAUUAGCAUCGUUCAAGGGAUUGCACAAGGGAUACUGUAUCUGCACGAGUACUCUAGGUUGCGCAUUGUUCAUAGAGAUCUUAAAGCCAGUAACAUCUUAUUAGACAGUGAAAUGAACCCCAAAAUAUCAGAUUUUGGCACCGCAAGGAUAUUUGGUGGAAGUGAUUCAAAAACCAAUACAAAAAGGAUUGUUGGAACUCCUGGCUAUAUGGCCCCAGAGUACCUACUGGAAGGCCUUUUCUCUGCUAAAUCUGAUGUGUACAGCUUCGGUGUAUUGGUGCUUGAAAUUGUGAGUGGCAGGAAGAACACUGGCUUUCAUAAUAGUGACUCCCUUCACCUUCUUGGACAUGCCUGGGAGCUUUGGAAUUCAAAACGAGCACUGGAACUAAUCGAUCCAUCACUAGGUUGUCCUCCUGAUGUUGCUCCAUUGAGAUGCAUUAACAUAGGGCUUCUCUGCAUUGAAGAAAAUCCAAAUGAUCGACCUGCCAUGUCUGAUGUUGUCUCGAUGCUUGGCAAUGAACUUGCAGCUCUUCCCUCACCAAAGCAACCUGCAUUUACUGCAAUCAGACCUGUGAUUAAUACCAAAUCAAUCUCAAGCAAUGAUCAAAAGUUUUCAGUAAAUGGCCUAACCAUUUCAUCUGUUGAACCAAGAACAUUAACACGACUUUCCAACAUGUUUGGAACAGCAGUGUUGAAGAGGAAUAAGAACAAUUAUAGUGCCCAUAUUCAUGGAAAGCAAUCAGAUUUCAUCAGCAUGAAAAGCAAUUAUAAUACCAUGGUAUUCUGUAUAUUUUCUGCUGUAUAUUUUCUGCUUCUAUGCUUUGCAGUUAAAUUUUGUUCGUCCAUUGCAGUGGAAACCAUUUCUUUUGGCCAGAGUCUUUCAGGAUCACAAACCAUUGUAUCACAAGAUGGAACGUUUGAGUUGGGAUUCUUUUCAACAGGAAAGUCUAACAACACCUAUGUAGGCAUCUGGUACAGAGACUUUGCAGAAAAGACCACGGUCUGGGUAGCAAAUAGAGAAAAACCAAUAUCUAACACUUCCAGGAGUUCAAAGCUUGAGAUAUCUGAGGACGGCAAUCUAGUAUUGCGUGAUGAGUCUGAAAAUUUGUGGUCAACAAAUUUGGUACUAUCACAACCAAGUUCAAUUGAAGCAGUGCUUCUUAACACUGGAAACUUUGUACUCAGAGAAAGUUCAGAGCCAUCUACAAUCUUUUGGCAAAGUUUUGAUUAUCCUACUGAUACAUGGCUUCCUGAAGGCAAAUUGGGCUUGAGGAUACUUCCUACUUCAUCUUGGGAACGGCAACGUCUUAUUUCAUGGAAAAAUUCAGAAGAUCCUUCACCUGGGAUUUACUCCUUUGUGAUGGACAAAGAUACAUCAGGAGGUCAGCUGUUCCUGGAAUGGAACAUGUCUGAAAGAUACAAUAGUACUGGAACCUGGACAGGUGAAGUUUUUGCAUCUGUUCCUGAAUUCAGCUACACAUCUAAAUUCACUCUGGUCUCAACCCCAAAUGAGACCUAUUACACUUACUCUCUCUUCAAUAAAAUCAUACUAUCAAGACUAGUAAUGGAUGUAUCUGGACAGCUCAAACAGCUUACAGCUUUGCUUUGCCACCAAACGUGGAGUGAAACUUUUUCUCUACCUAGGGAACAAUCCAAUGUUUACGCAUAUUGUGGGGAUUUCAGUUACUCCAGCAGUAGUUCACCAUCCUCUUGCACAUGUUUGCAAGGUUUUGUUCCAUUUUCAAAUGAAAAUGACAGGAUAAAUGGUGGAAUGCGUGGUUGUGAAAGGAAAGCCCCUCUGUUGUGCGAAAACGAUACUUCACCAAAAGGGAAGAAGCAUGGAUUUUUAAGAAUUUCAAACUUGAAUCCACCUGAUAACUCGGAAGAACAGCAGCUUACUGUGGAAGAAUGCAAAUCAGCUUGCUUGGAGAAUUGCUUCUGUAUAGCUUAUGCCAAUGUUGGUAGUUUGUGCUCAAUGUGGAGUGGAGCUCUACUGAAUUUAAAGCAAGUCUCUGAUGUUGUUAACAACAGACAAGAUCUCUAUGUGAAAGUUGCAAACUCUGAACUUCAAGAUGAUUCAGGUGACAAAAAGAGAUUGAUGGUAAUUGUAGCAGUGGUGGUGUCAUUGGUUGGACCUGCUUUAGGAGGACUCCUAAUUUUCGGAGCAAGGAAGAUCAAGAGAAGAGGUCACGGGAAGAAAGACUCCAGCCAGGAUUUAUUAUCAUUUGAUUUUAGUUCCAGCAACCAUGCAAUAGAUAAUCAAGUGAAGAAUGUAAACAAUGCAAGGGAAGGAAGUAAGAAUGAUUUUGAUCUACCUUUAUUCAGCUAUGCAAGUGUUUCUGCUGCCACAAGCAAUUUUUCAGCAGGCAAUAAGCUCGGGGAGGGAGGAUUUGGACCAGUCUACAAGGGCAAAACUCUGAAGGGGGAAGAGAUAGCAGUAAAGAGGCUUUCAACAAGAUCAGGACAAGGGCUUCAAGAAUUCAGAAAUGAGAUUCUAUUGAUUGCGAAACUGCAGCACAGGAAUCUUGUCCGACUUUUAGGUUGUUGUAUUGAGCAGGAUGAGAAUAUCCUAGUCUAUGAGUACAUGCCCAACAAAAGUCUAGAUUUUUUCCUGUUUGAUCCCAAGAAACAAGUGUCACUAGAAUGGGAGACUCGUAUUUGCAUCAUUGAAGGGAUUGCUCAAGGGCUCUUAUAUCUGCAUCAGUAUUCCAGAUUGCGUAUAAUCCACAGAGAUCUCAAAGCUAGUAACAUUCUUUUAGACAGUGAAAUGAACCCCAAAAUAUCAGAUUUUGGCAUGGCAAGGAUAUUUGGUGGCAAUAAUUCAGAAGCAAACACUAAAAGAAUUGUUGGAACUUACGGAUACAUGGCCCCUGAGUAUGCACUGGACGGCAUUUUCUCCAUCAAAUCCGAUGUGUUUAGCUUUGGUGUUUUGGUGCUUGAGAUAGUGAGUGGCAAGAAGAACACUGGCUUUUAUAACAGCAACGCCCUUAAUCUUAUCGGACAUGCUUGGGACUUGUGGAUUCACAAUCGCGCACUGGAAUUACUGGAUCCAUCACUAGGUUCUCCUCCUGCUGUUGCUGUACUAAGAUGCAUCAACAUAGGACUUCUUUGCGUGCAAGAAAAUCCAAAUGAUCGGCCUACCAUGUCCAAUGUUGUCUCAAUGCUUUGCAAUGAAGUUGUAGCUCUUCCCCCACCAAAACAACCUGCUUUUGUAGCAAGGAGAAAUGUGAUCAAGGCCAACUCAACCUCAAGCAAUGCUCAAAGUGUCUCAGUUAAUGGACUGACUUUUUCCUCAUUAGAACCAAGAUGAUUAGUUGCCAUUCCUUCCAUUUGUACAAUAUGAAGCAUGAUUCAAGAGCAAUGUCAUUCUUUGUAACAAAUGGCUGCUUAAAAGGGAAAUCAGACAAAUAUUCUGUUUCGGAAAACAUAGUUUUUCUUAAUUCUCUGAGGAAGCCGGGGGAGUAAUUCCCAGCUUCAUGUUCAAUGGAUUUGGAUUGGAGCAAAAGGCGUGAUCCUUCAAGGGUCUCGGCAUUACACU